AUGGAGAAGCUGUUUGAAAUUUUCCCCAGUACAGACGCUCAGAAGGUAUCUUUGGCAGCGUUCACGUUAGACGACGACGCCCGCAGGUGGUGGAUGAUGGUUCGAGAAAGUAAUCCGGGUUUGACAUGGGCCAGAUUCCUGGAGUUAUUCUACAACAAACAUUUUCCCCUUAGCGUCCGAAACCGAAAGACCACGGAGUUCCAGAAUCUGACACAGGGGAACAAGACAGUCGUAGAGUAUGAUCGUGCCUUUACCGAAUUGGCGAGGUACGCGCCUCACAUGGUUGAUGACGACUAUCGGAAGGCGAGAAAGUUUGAAAGUGGGUUGCGUGGACCGAUACAAGACCGGGUCAACAUGCUCAAUAUGCCGACAUACGCUGGAGUACUAGACAAGGCUAUCUUAGCUGAAGCUAACUUGAACCGAUACCAGAGUUCAAAAUCCCAUCAAGGGCUUAGGGCACCAAUGAGUAUGAAUUGUGGAAGCAACAAGAGCACGCUAAUUGGAAUUGUCUCCUCUGGCUUGUCGAUUAAACUCUGUGUCCUCACCACAUUUAGCCUUCUUGUCUCAACUUUGGCAGCAGUAAUGCAACUUAGAAUUGAGAAAACCAUUGGCACUCGCGCCUGUGACGUGCCUAGCUUAAUGGCGAGUUUGCAAUAG